CGGAAGUCCUCUCAGUCACGUGGUUUCCGGCAGAGGCGCAGUGUCAUUGUUGAGCAGGCAUGAUGAUGAUGAGCGGCGGGAUGCGGCUGUUCCCCGGAGGACCGGCACCGGGAGAACUGCACUCCUUCCCGGGCGUGGGUCCCGUCAGACACACGGUGAAUCCCAUGGUGACCGGGACGUCGGUGCUGGGUGUGAAGUUUGAUGGCGGGGUGAUGAUCGCUGCAGACAUGUUGGGUUCGUACGGCUCCCUGGCCAGAUUCCGCAACAUCUCCAGGAUAAUGAAGGUUAAUUCCUGCACCAUGCUGGGGGCAUCCGGAGACUACGCCGACUACCAGUAUCUGAAGCAGGUGCUCGACCAGAUGGUGAUUGACGAGGAGCUGGUGGGAGACGGACACGGCUACAGUCCGAAGGCUGUCCACUCAUGGCUCACCCGUGUCAUGUACAACCGCAGGAGCAAGAUGAACCCGCUCUGGAACACGGUGGUGCUGGCGGGGUUCUACAAAGGAGAGAGUUUCCUGGGUUAUGUGGACAAGUUGGGUGUGGCCUAUGAAGCCCCGACCAUAGCCACUGGCUUUGGUGCUUACCUAGCUCAGCCGCUGAUGCGGGACCAGGUGGAGAACAAGGCCCAGCUGACCCGGGAGGAGGCGCGCCAGCUGAUAGAGCGCUGCAUGAAGGUGCUGUACUACCGGGACGCCCGGUCCUACAACAGAUAUGAAAUCGCCACCGUCACAGAGAGCGGAGUGGAGAUCGAGGGGCCGCUGUCUUCUGACACCAACUGGGAGAUUGCACAUCUGAUCAGUGGGUUUGAAUGAGGACCGUGGCCUCCUGAGAUGACAUCUUUCUGCUUUAUUAUUUGUCUUUUGUAUAUGAGAAAUAAAUCUGAAUGUCAGACUGUA